AUGAGAUCUUUUAACUAAUUUUCAUCUUAUUUAGUAUUUUGUACUGUGUUGAGUAUUUGUUGAUAAUUUAAUGAUGAAGUUUGAGUUUUGAGAGCAUGCCAGUGAAAGAUAAUAAUUGUUGAGGCGUUAGAGUUAAUAGUAAAUAUUGCAAUGAAAUGACAAGUGAAAUAUUUGUGUUGAGUUGUGGGCUACAUUGAUGGUCCAGCUGGUAAACGAUUAAAGCAUUGCUUGAAUUAUUGAAAAUGAUGAAAAGUGCAGUUCCUAAAAAGGAAGGCAAGAUGAGGAUCCGUGCUUUCCCUAUGACGAUGGACGAAAAGUAUGUGGAGAACAUCUGGUCCUUAUUAAAGAAUGCCAUACAAGAAAUACAGAAAAAGAACAAUUCAGGACUAUCUUUCGAAGAACUCUAUAGAAAUGCAUAUACUAUGGUAUUACAUAAACAUGGAGAACGAUUAUACACAGGUCUCAAAGAAGUUGUCACACAUCAUCUGGAAACUAAAGUUAGAGAAGAUGUACUGCGAAUGUUACACAAUACUUUUCUACAAACAUUAAAUCAAGCUUGGACAGAUCAUCAAACUUCAAUGGUUAUGAUUAGGGAUAUUUUAAUGUACAUGGAUAGGGUAUAUGUCCAGCAAAAUGAUGUAGAUAACGUUUAUAACUUAGGACUUAUAAUUUUCAGAGAUCAGGUUGUGCGUUAUGGUUGCAUUAGAGAUCACAUGAGAGAUACUCUUCUUGGAAUGGUGAUGCGUGAAAGAAAAGGAGAAGUUGUAGAUCGUUUGGCAAUCAAAAACGCUUGUCAAAUGUUAAUGGUCUUAGGUAUAAACAGUCGCAGUGUUUAUGAAGAAGAUUUUGAAAGACCAUUUUUAUUUCAAUCAGCUGAAUUUUAUAAGGGCGAAAGUCAAAAAUUUCUCUCAGAAAAUUCGGCUUCUGUAUAUAUAAAACGUGUUGAAGCUAGAAUUACUGAAGAGGCUGAGCGUGCAACACACUACCUCGAUGAAUCUACAGAACCUCGAAUUGUAGAAGUUGUAGAAGAUGAAUUAAUUAAGAAACAUAUGAAAAGUAUAGUUGAGAUGGAAAAUUCUGGAGUAGUGCAUAUGUUAAAGAAUACCAAAACAGAGGAUUUAUCAUGUAUGUAUAAAUUAUUUUCUCGAGUAACAGAUGGCUUAAAAACAAUUUCGGAUUGUGUUUCGGCUCACUUGCGAGAACAAGGUAAGCUACUUGUUGAAGAGGAGGAGGCUGGUACCAACGCUAUCACAUAUGUUCAGAAUCUUCUAGAUCUAAAAGAUAGGUUUGAUCAUUUCUUGCACAACUCGUUUUGCAAUGAUAAAAUUUUCAAACAAAUGAUAUCAUCAGAUUUUGAACAUUUUCUCAAUCUAAAUAGCAAGAGUCCGGAAUAUUUAUCAUUAUUUAUAGAUGAUAAACUUAAAAAGGGCGCAAAAGGGAUGACGGAGCAAGAAAUAGAAGCUGUGUUGGAUAAAACUAUGGUUCUGUUUCGUUACCUGCAAGAAAAAGAUGUUUUUGAAAGAUAUUAUAAACAGCAUUUGGCUAAACGGCUGUUACUGAAUAAAUCUGUUAGUGAUGAUAGUGAGAAAAACAUGAUCAGCAAACUCAAGACCGAAUGUGGAUGUCAAUUUACAUCGAAACUGGAAGGCAUGUUUAAAGACAUGACCGUUUCAAACACCAUUAUGGAAGAGUUCAAGAACCACGUCGGCACAACAGGAUCUAGUUUACACGGUUUAGAUCUUAGUGUUCGGAUCUUAACUACAGGAUUUUGGCCGACUCAAGUUGCAACUCCGAAUUGUAAUAUACCUUUGGCGCCGCGAAAUGCUUUUGAGACAUUCAGAAGAUUCUAUUUAGGCAAACAUUCUGGCCGACAGUUAACGCUGCAACCACAAAUGGGCACUGCUGAUCUGAAUGCUGUGUUUUACGGCCGAAACUAUCAGCCAAGAGAUGAAAAUGGAACGCCCCAAGCUGCGUCUGCGGACACGCCGUGCAGCUCGAGUGGCGCAAGCGUUGGUUCUAACAGCGGCCAGAUUAAAAAGCAUAUAAUUCAAGUUUCAACGUAUCAAAUGUGUGUCUUGAUGCUGUUCAACAAUCGAGAUAGGCUUACUUAUGAGGAAAUUUUAAACGAGACCGAUAUUCCUGCAAGAGAUUUAAUCAGGGCGUUACAAUCUCUAGCUAUGGGUAAACCUGCACAGAGAGUUCUUAUGAGAAAUCCUAAAACGAAAGAUAUUGAGCCUUCUAACGUAUUUUAUAUUAAUGAUAACUUUGUUUCAAAGUUUCACAGGGUUAAAAUUCAAACAGUGGCGGCUAAGGGCGAGUCGGAACCUGAACGUCGUGAAACUCGAAAUAAGGUGGAUGAGGAUCGUAAACAUGAAAUCGAAGCAGCUAUAGUUCGUAUUAUGAAAUCGCGUAAACGAAUGUCGCAUAACGUUCUGGUAACAGAUGUGACAACGCAGUUACGAAGCAGGUUCAUGCCUUCCCCAGUUAUUAUCAAAAAACGAAUUGAAGGAUUAAUCGAGCGCGAAUAUCUUGCUCGUACGCCUGAUGACCGCAAAGUCUAUACUUACGUGGCUUAAUUAGUUUUUUUGUGUAGGAACGUCUUCUCUGAUGAAAGCAAGUUAGAUAUAAUAGUUAUUAUAUCUACAUGAUUGAUGAAUUAGCCACAGAAUUAUUUAAAUAGCGCAAAAGGAAAAAUUAUGAUAUUUUUUCUAAUCAAAAAAUAAAACUGUUUAAAAUUUCAAG